AGGAAGGGCUUAUGCCAGGAAGGUUCACUUUUACCACGCGCCAAGCAUUCCCAGUAAUCAGUGUCUCCUGUACCAUCAGAAGUCCAGAAGUCUCCUACUUGCUGCCUCCACAGUAUCUUUGCCCACUGAACGGCCAUGAGAAGGCAACUCCAGCCCAGGAGGGCUCCGGCCUUUCCUUAUGGUUAUCGCUACAGACUUGAUGAUCAGGGUGAGGAAAAUCAGAGCUACUUGGCAGAUGAAGAGGAAGCAGGAGAAGAGGAGGCUCCUGUGAUGGUGGUGCCUGAUUUGGAAGAAGAAAAGGAAAAGAAAGAGGAGGAGGAAAAGAGUCAAGAGCAGCCCAUAGGCAAUGCCUGGUGGCAGAAAUUACAGAUCAUGAUCGAAUACCUGUGGGAUCCAGAGAGAAGGAUGUCUCUGGCCCAAACAGGUCAGAGCUGGAGCCUGAUUUUAUUCAUUUACUUCUUCUUCUAUGCUUCUCUGGCUGCUGUGAUCACUCUCUGCAUGUACAUGCUAUUUCUGACCAUCAGCCCUUAUAUGCCGACCUUCACUGAACGGGUGAAAACUCCUGGAGUUAUGAUCAGACCCUUCGCCCAUAGUCUUAACUUCAACUUCAACGUUUCUGAACCUGACACUUGGCAGCAUUAUGUGAUUAGCCUAAAUGGCUUUCUCCAAGGUUAUAAUGACAGUCUUCAAGAGGAAAUGAAUGUAGAUUGUCCCCCGGGGCAGUACUUCAUCCAAGAUGGCAAUGAGGAUGAGGACAAGAAGGCCUGCCAAUUUAAGCGCUCCUUCCUGAAGAACUGCUCUGGUCUGGAGGACCCUACUUUUGGAUACUCUACUGGACAGCCUUGCAUCCUCCUAAAGAUGAACAGGAUUGCAGGCUUUCUUCCUGAGCUUGGAGAUCCCGUGAAGGUUUCCUGCAAAGUUCAGAGAGGUGAUGAAAAUGACAUCCGAUCCAUCAAUUAUUACCCAGAGUCGGCAUCCUUUGACCUCCGCUACUACCCUUACUAUGGCAAACUGACUCAUGUUAACUACACUUCCCCUUUGGUGGCAAUGCACUUUACAGAUGUGGUGAAGAACCAAGCCGUGCCUGUGCAGUGCCAGCUAAAAGGCAAAGGCAUCAUAAAUGAUGUCAUCAAUGAUCGUUUUGUGGGUAGGGUAAUCUUCACCUUGAAUAUAGAAACCUAACAACUUCAAGAGGCCACCCCUCCCAACUCCAUUUCUGUUUUAUCUCCUGUUAUCCCUGGUAGCACCUGAAUUCUUUUUCUUAUUAAGACACAGUCAAGUGGACACACGACAGCAGAUUACUUUUCCUUGCCUUUGACAUGUGUAAGAAGUGAUAUGGGAGCUAUUUGAUUUUUUAAAGGUAGUCUCUCCUGAUAAGAAAUAGAUUAUAUUAAUUUAUUUUCCCAUCACUUAAAACUAAAAAUCUUUCUUGCUAUUAAAAUUCUCACUGUAUUGUGGUACACACCUGUAAUCCCAGAACUCGGGAGGCUGAGGCAGGAGAAUUGCCACAAGUUCAAAGCCAGCCUGGACUACAUAGCAAGACCCUGUCUCAAAAAAACUCACCAUAGUAUAAAUGUUGUAUGAUAAAAUUCACAAUAGCCAUGGUCAGGAUAGUGUCUAUGAUAUUUAUAAAUUCAUCAGGUUUUCUGAGUUUUUAUUUUAUAGAUAAGGUUCCUCCUGACCAACAUGAUAAUCUGCUCCCCUUCAUUUUUAACCUGGCUGGCAAUAUCUUUUCUUGAGAAUCAUCACUCAGAUCAACCCAGAUUAUACCAUUAGGCCAUUGUACCAAUAGCAAUCUAUAUCCCAUGGAACUGGAGAAAUUGGCUGUCUUUCAGAGGCAACUAAAUACUGAUUCAAGACUAGGUUAUCUUCAGCUGGGAUGGAAAGCAGUGCUAACUGGAUAUUGUUCUGGGAUAAAGAUGAAGACCCUCUGUGUGACUGUUUGGGGAAACUGGGCUCCUUGAUUCCUUCCUUGCUCUGUGGUAUAAUUGCCCAAAGCAAACAUUUCUGCAGACAGGUUUUCCUGAGCUUCAGGUAGAGGGGGAAACAUGGACGAUCUCCACUGGCUAAUUCUUCUUGGGUUUUUUGACAGUGGUGUGAUACUCUUGGAGGCCAUCAGGGAUAAAUGUGUUGAGCCCCAGCUACAGCCCUGGAAAUUGAAAUCAGGGUUUGCCAACUAAUACAUCACAAGAUAUGGUGCUCCCACCAGGCCAUCUUGGAGCCAAAGCUCAUUAGCCAAUUUUGUAUUUGCUUUGAAAAUGACACAGGGCAGAUGUUUGUCCAGGUUGUGGACCAGCCAUGUCCCUUUGUCUUAUCUUCGGCUAUGUGAUCAUUCCAUUGCUACUUAACACCUCCACCAGGGGGAGGGCUGGGAUAAAGAGAGAAAGCCAGUAUGGGUGACUAGAUUAGUGUCUCAGGGUCCAAAGCAAGCUUUAAUGACAGAAGCAUCCAGCAUCUCAAUCUCCUCUACAGUGUUCACUUCAAACCAGGGAACAGACAGUCUGAUAGUAAAGACAAAGGAGUAGAGAAGUAACUGUGAUAGGGUGUAACAAGAGUUAUAAAACUGCUAUGUAAAAAUGCUAUAUGCAACAUAAGGAAAAAUAACUAUUUCCAGCUGAUAAAUGAUGAAAUAAGAGUGGAAUUUUUUUAAACUUUGUUUGUUUUUUGGUAUUAGAAAUUGAAUCUGGGGCCUUCACACUGAGCUAAAUCUCCAGGCCCUUUUUUACUUUUUAUUUUGAGGUAGUGUCUCACUAAGUUGCUAAAUUGCUGGGCAGGACUCAAAUUUGCAAUUGUACAGCCCACACCUGGCUUCAGAGGAAGUUUCACAUGCAAAGCCACAAUCGUGAAAAGGCAAUCAUGUGCUUUAGUAAAUUUGAGCAGUUCAUUUAAUUGGAGUAUAAAGAGCUUAGAGGAAUGGUGGGGAGUGUCAGGCAAUUGGGCUAGGGAGGUAUUCAGAGACUUUGAAUUUUAUUCAGUAGGUAAAAAGGAAUCUUUAAAGCAUUUUAGUCAGGGAAGAUCCAUGAUCACAUUUGCAUUUUAGAACGAAUUUUCUAUCUAUAAUAAGAAGUGGGUACUGGAGAGGGACAGGACUGCGGAAUGAGGGCCAGGGAUUUAGCGUAACAGCACAAGCUGUCUGGUAAGCGCAAGGUUGUAAGUUCUAUCCCCGGUACCAAAAAAAAAAAAAAAAACCUAAGGAGUCAGGUGUGGUGGUGAACACUUGUAAUCCCAGCAUUUUACAGGCUGAGGCAGGAUGAUCAUUGCAAGUUUGAGACAAGCCUGGGCUACAAAGGAGCUCAAAGCCAGCCUCAACUGCAUAGUGAGACCCUGCCUCAAAAAGACAAAAACAACAGCAAAAAAGAAUCAAACAAAUUUAGAGAGGAUGUGGUUAAGAUUAGUUUUGGACAUUUUAGCCUUGUGGUUUCUAUGGAUCAGAUAUUGAUAUGGAGAUGUAAACUCACAUUGAGUUGAAGAAAAGCAAAGCUGAAAACAAAAGCAUUUGCUUGAGGGAAUUCAUUUUUAAAAUUCCAAACUAUUUAAUCUUGGGAUUUGGAGCCAGUUAUGCAGACACACUACACCAAUCUAGUCCGUACAGUAGGAUUUUCCUCUUGGCUUUGUGGCAGAAAGGACUGCUGUUGCUCUUUGCAAUUUCCUUCUCAGAUAUCUUCUGAGUUUUAUUGACAGAGUAGAGGAAGCCUGCCUGCUAUUAACAAAUAACAUCAGAUAGCACAAUAGCACAUGUGUGAGACAUGUUUUUAAAAACCAAUGAAACUGUCUCCUUCUAAACUAUUUCCUGAAUGAAUUCAGUGAUCAAAACUAACCUUUAAAAAUGAUAAAGACAAUAACUUAAGACCAUUUAAAAAUUACCUCAAAAAAUCAAACUCAGGAUUCGGUAGUAAAAAGAUACUAGCACACUGAAUCUGGAAAGGAUAUUAGCGUUUAGACAAAACAACCCGCAUUGCGUCUGACUCCAGGUCCAGUGCUCUUUCUACUCUGAGCUGCUGCUUACCAGGAAGUAUCAUCUCUUUUUAAUCAAUGAAUGACAUCCCAAGUAUUCUAAAAUACAUGUCAAAUUUUAGUUAAAAUAGUUGACAUUUCACAGGAGUUAACCUACUGGUGCUAUAUUUUAUAUAUAAUGUUAUCCUGUCAAAUACGUUGACUGUUAAACAAGGAAUUAUAAAUCUUUUGUCAUGCAGUAUUUCUCAAUCGAUGGACUCUUAUCAUGUCCACAACUUCAAAGCACUGAAGAGCAUUCAGUUUGGGUUCUCAGCUAGGACAUGAAAAAAAUCACUUUAUUACACAAAAUAGGAUUAAUGAAUAUGUUCAUUUACUGUCAGGUUCUAACUAUUCGACGAACUUCUAGUUGAUUAAUUUAAUUACUCUCCCAUACUGUGCCAUACCAGGAGUUGAUUUGUAUACUAUCUAUAUACCAUAGCUUGAUUUUCAAGGAGAAAUACUACUUCCAAUUGCCUUGAUGGCAUUGUUCAUGCUAGACUUUCCCCUCCACUCCUCUGAAAUCAUUAUCCUAAAGUAAUAUUGCUUAGCAUCUAUUUAUAACUAACAUUUAUGUUGUCUUGGGGAGUUGUUGACAGCAAUAAAUUGAAAUAAAAAAGAAACGUGUGAUUUCUUCUUUCUAGGGAAUAUCGCUGAUUUUUCCACAGGAAUAUUGUGCAGCCACGUGGAUGGAAAACUUGACAAUUGACAACUUAUUAGUUGAAGACUGUUUUUCUCUCAUAACUCUUUUUUGUUAUUUUGAUUUUUUCCUUUACUCUUGGAGUUUCACUCACAGGAAGGUGAAACUGAAAGUUGUUUCAUUUCUGGGUAUUUUGUUUUCCUUUUGUCUUCAUGCUCCAGUCCCUCACAUAGAGUAGCUUUCCUUUUCUCAUAAAGGUUAGAUCCUGGUAUAAAUUGUUCUGGUACUAUACAGUAACACUAAGAGAAAUUUUGAGGUGGAGGAGGGGUAGAACCAAGAUUCAGAGAGAAACUGCAGAUACUUGAGAAAAGCCUGGCUAGGUAACUUCAGGAUGCGUCUGCCUACCAACUGUCUCCCAGAGCAAAUCUCUAGUAGCAAUAACAAUUAAAGACAAAUAUCCCCAGUUCCUCAUUCAACUCAUAGGCUAGGAUGCAGCAGGAAUUCUUUCUUUCUUUGGGAGGUGCCUGGCCUAAGAUUUACUAGGCUGGUUUGAUUUGAUUGGGAGAAAGGGCAUCUUAUGAUCCCAAAUACAUUUUGUUCAUCUAGGUUUUUCAUUGUUUUCUUUGUUUUUGAGACAAGGUCUAACUUAUGUAGUUCAGGCUGGCCUUGAACUCACUAUGUAACCCAAGCUAACCUUGAACUCGUAGAAAUUCUCCGGCUUUAGCCUCCCAUGUGCUGGGAUUACAGGCACCUGCCACAACACCCGGAUAUUGGAGUAAUUUUAUUUACUGAUUUCUCCUUAAAAUAUUCACAUAAUAAAGUAAUUUAAUCAAGUCA